AUGAGGUACGCCCUCACGGAAGAUAGAGGCCUCCUUCUCAUCGAAACCCACCCGAAGAGCUUCAGAGGCCAUCGACUCUACGAACACUGGGUUGAAUCUAACCGCCUCAAAUAUGUCUGUCGCCAGCUAUACGACGAAACCAAGGGCUUAGGUCUAAGACUAAACGACCUGGCUUUUCAGUCUGACCGGCAGAUCGCAGACUUCUAUACAUUCAUUACUGCGUGCUCGGUGGGUCAGCAGCAAUGCAUUCGUCAAGUCACACUAUGCGACGAAUAUUCGAGUUCCUCGGGAUGGGUGAGCUCAUGGAACAAGGGAGUCGAGAUAUUGGCGCCAUAUGUCGCCUUUUGGCCCGGUAUCAAGUUUCACUUAUAUGUCGGCUCUCUCGGCGAAAUCGAAUCCGCCGAUAUGUGGCUUAUGAAGGCUGCCGGCCUCCUGUACGCCAGACACAUGCACGAGAACCAUGCUGUUCUCUCUCCGUUCAUGCGCAGGAUGGCCGUUCGUCUUGGCUCUGAUCGAGAGGAGCCAAUCCCGAGUCAUAUCCGCAUAUUCCCUGGUACAGGGCCUGGCGACCUUAUCCAACCUGUCUUCAGUGAGGAAGACAUACAGAGACAUGGCGUAGCGCAGAUCAAGCUCUGCAUCAAAGAGAUCGAAAAGUGGCAGCGAGAGGGUGUCUAG